AUGAACUUGGAAGGACUUGAGAUGAUAGCAGUUUUGAUCGUGAUUGUGCUUUUUGUUAAAGUGUUGGAACAGUUUGGGCUGAUUGAAAAAGGUUUAGAAGGUUUCCUCUACGCUCAGAACAGUACCAAACGCAGCAUUAAAGAGCGACUUAUGAAGCUCUUGCCCUGCUCGGCUGCCAAAACGACAUCUCCUGUUACUCAAAACACUGUAGAAGAUGAAAUGGAAAUGGCCACAGUACGACAUAGACCUGAAGCUCUUGAGCUGCUGGAAGCACAGAGUAAAUUCACAAAGAAGGAACUUCAGAUCUUAUAUAGAGGUUUCAAGAAUGAAUGCCCCAGUGGUGUUGUCAAUGAAGAAACUUUCAAAGAGAUUUACUCUCAGUUCUUUCCCCAGGGAGAUUCCACGAAUUAUGCACAUUUUCUGUUUAACGCAUUUGACACUGAUCACAAUGGAUCUGUAAGUUUUGAGGAUUUUGUUAUGGGUCUCUCAAUUUUACUUCGAGGGACAGUACAAGAGAAACUGAACUGGGCUUUCAAUUUGUAUGAUAUAAAUAAGGAUGGAUAUAUAACUAAAGAGGAAAUGCUAGAUAUCAUGAAAGCAAUAUAUGAUAUGAUGGGAAAAUGUACCUAUCCUGUUCUCAAGGAGGAUGCACCAAGACAACAUGUGGAAACAUUUUUCCAGAAAAUGGACAAAAACAAAGAUGGAGUAGUUACCAUAGAUGAAUUCAUUGAGAGCUGCCAGAAAGAUGAGAAUAUAAUGCGAUCCAUGCAGCUUUUUGAAAAUGUGAUUUAAUGAAGACACUAGGAUUACAACUAAUGGACAAAUACAAGCUAUUCUGCAACAUUAUCUAAAAGAUGGAUUUCCCACUUUAUGAUAAAUAAAAUUACUCAGCUUUGCCCUGAGACAUG